AUGAAUGACAUCGACAGCUUCGUCCUUCUUGAGCUUUCCCGUCACGUGAACUCGAAUUUCAAAAAGGUCGAAACGGAUGCUUUCAAAUGGAAACAGAAGUAUGAGGAAGCAUCUAAAAAUGUCCUGGUAUUGACGAUGGCUAAAAAAGAGCUCGAAGAGAACGCUGUGCUUCAGCAGAAGAAGCUCAGCCAACUGGAACAGUUGUGUCGAGCUCUCAGCUUUCGACAACCGUCAGCAGCAGCAGCAUCUGAAUCGGCUGCAACUUCCUCAGAAGUGCCAACUGCCGAGGCGACAACGUCGCCACCCGAUAACGACGGGUCAACCUCUCAAUGA